CUCUACUGAUCAUGAUCGAUGUUGUCGCUGUAGCUAUUUGAAGUAGCAUCGCGACUUCGCUGGAGCUUCUCAUCGGACUUCCCUGAUUUUUGGGGCUCCGUCUGGGAGACCAGCUAUGUCGUUACACAUUUACAUUGCUCACACCGGUGAGCAUCUGCUGGCAGACCCAGUCUCGUUUGCAUCUCCGGACGCUCUUCGAUCAUGGAUUGCCCGCAAUACAUCGAUAGCUAUUCAAAGACAAAUUUUGAUGACCGCCCGUGGAAAGAAUGUCAAAAUCCAAACGCUAGCCACAGAGAACGAGAUCUUUUUAUACGACAGGCAAUAUGUCAGUGAGCCUGGGUCUGUCGACCUUCCCGACGUCCCUCCACCUCCUUCUUUCAAACCAAGCAACCCUCCCGAUACAUUGGCCGACCAGAAUGAUCUUCAAGCCUGGCGUAAUCUCUACAUGGCCCGAAGAACAUGGGCACUGGCCUUGGCAGAAAGCUGCACUACUAUAAAUGGCUCGCUUCAGGAGCACAACGAGCACUCGGAAAUUGUCUACCGUGGUGUGGGCGUGGCUCUGGAGAAUCUGAAGUCUCACGUUGCCGGUUUAGAAAAUAAGUUUCAAGAAGCCCAGACCUGGGCGGACGAUCUUAUCAAAGAACAAAAGUCUGCCUUGGACGGAUGGCAACGGGCCUUGGAGAAAUUGGAAAGCAUACCUGCCAGAAAGGAUAUUUCUUUUCUCGGACGCCCCUCCACACCGAAAAAGGGGACAAGAGACCGUUCGAAUGGGACACUACAAGAUUUCCUAGACGUUGAUGAUGUUCGCCGAGCCGCUUCUCGGGGAAAUGCCGUUUCCCAGAGUUUUUCUCGCCGGAUCGAUGAAGUGAAAAAAGCCGUUGGUAGUAUUGCUUCGGACACUCGGGUAUUGCUGGACCAAGCCCAACCACCGCACUUGGAUGAGACUCACAGUAUAUUGGAAGAGGUAGAGACUAUCGCGAAGAAAGUAAGCUCAGAUUAUGAGCACGUCCUGGGAUUGCCGAGCAAUCAAAAAAGCCUGGCCAAUAUAUCUAGAAUGGCCUUGGCUCAUACUAAAGAGUUAUUGCCAUCUCUUUUAGAGCUCACCCUUGAACUGCAGAAUGCGCUUGAACAAGCUGUCCGACAUCGAAAUACUGCGACAAAGAUGGCGAUCACGCAUAUGCGGAAAGUUUCGUCUCUGGAAUCACGCCUCGCAGAUAUCCAAGGGCAAAUUGCAAACCUAGACGUUGAUGGUGAUGUGUUCGAGGUCUUGUAUGCAGUAUUUCAUUUACCAGUGGUCUACGGCUCCGUGCUUAUUGAAGCGGUCCGGCGACGUGAAUGGAGGGAAAAGUUGAAGGCCGACUCACUUACACUAGCUGAAGAAAUGGCUGUUUUCAGAGACGAAGAGCAGCGCCGACGAAAGAAAUGGCUCAAGACAACUGGAGAGCUCAUAGCCCUUCCUGAUGACAUGACUCCUGGCCUGGAGAUCAACCUGCAAGGUCAGGGGCCGGAAUGGCCUGAGGUGCAUCGGAAAGAUAUCGAAAACUACAUCGAUGCCCUCAAGUCCAAGGGUGGGAUGACAGCAGUAGUAGAAGAAUUAUCCCAACUUUAUGCAGACCUCGACAACCCUACUCGACAGCAGAAACGGCGAGCAAAAGCCUUCAAACACGGAAGCGUUAUCGACAUGGGUCGUAGCUCACUUCUCAUCCGUGGUGACGAUAUGGUCCGUAGUUUACGAGACGAAAAAGUCAAGUUAGAAGACAAAUUAAAAGGCUCAGAGAGUCGAAUUCGCAAACUCGAGGAUCUUCUUCAUCGCCAGAGCCACAUAACUCGUCCUCUAAGUGGAAAUUUUGGCUCGGACCUUCCAACAUCACCAGCUUCUCCUCUUCUGGAUCCAUUAUCCAGACGUUCCUCGGUCUCGUCUCGACGUUUGUCGGCCAACCAAACAGGCGAGGAUAAAGCUUUAGUCCAGCGGGUUUUAACUCUUGAGGCAGAUCUCUUAGCAGAGAGAGAGGUAGUUCAGCGUCUUCAAAGAGAAGCACACGUUGAGCGCCAGUCAUCGACCGACAGAAUGCAAGAGGCGCAAUCAACAAAAGAAGACCUGAUCAAAAAUUUAGAGUCCAGGCAGAGAGAGUUUGAAGACGAGCGUCGAUAUCUUGAGGCCGACGCUAAACAAUUGCAACAUCGAAUUGAGGAGCUCGAAGAAGAACUUUGUCAGGUACUUGAUCGUCGAGAUCAUGAGAAGCAAGAUGUGGAAGACCGGACUACUCGUCUGAAAAACAGCGCAUCCAGGAGUUAUACCACGCAGUUGAUACUGGAAAAGGAUUGUUAUCUGACAAAGAUGCGAAAAUAUCCGAGCUACAAGCACGACUGGACGAAAUGAAUACGCAGAACCUGGAAAACUUUAACACGUUACAGGCUGCACAUGGCGUUCUCUCCCCCGAAGGUUCAGCGCCGUCUGACUUCGUGUCUUUGGUCAAGGCUAUAGAAAUUCUUGCGGAAGGUUUAGCAAUUCAUGCCAGAAAAACAGAGGAGUCGAAUUCUGCCUUGAAUGCGGAAAAGAAAUCCCUGGAGGAGAAACUUCAGUUCGGCGAACUUGAUGUUGCUGAAUUACGGGAAACAAUAGAGAAACACAAUACAGAAGUCUCCAAACUACGAAAUGAAUUGCUUCAGGAACGAUCUCAGGUAUCGGUUCUGAAGACUGAGCUUGCUGAGGAACGAUCUCAAUUACAUCACUUGAGGUCAAAGUUUGCCGCUGGAGAGACCGGUUCUGAAGUUCUUCGGGAACGUGUGGCAGAAGAAGAAAGCAAGGUCACUUCUCUGUCACAGAAGUUGGUCCAGAUCAAUGGACAAGCUCGUGCAGCGG